AUGCUGAGGAGUUCUAAAAUAUUUAAUUCUAAAGGAAAAUUUAUUUUAAAUAAAAUUUAUUUUAAAACCAUCAAAAAUCAUAAUGAAGGUAAAGAUUUGAAGUAUCGUUUAUUCUGUUCGUAUAAAAACAAAACCGAGAACUUAGAAAAUGAAAGUAAUUCAAAACAGGAAGAAAUAAAUUUACCUCCCAACUUGGAACCUUUUGCUUUGAGCGAAAAGCUUGAAUUUUCCCCUUUGAGAAACAGAGAUUAUAGUGGAUCAUAUUUGUCUACGCAUGAUGCAAGUACAAAUGUUAAUUUAAAAGAAAAUAAUUCUUUCGAGUAUUACGACUGCUCGGGUGCAAUCAGUUUAAGUUCAUCAAUGCAAACAAAUGUGCCUCACCCAUUUACAUCUAAAGGAACACCGACACAUUUAAACAUGCCAGGUGGUUUGUGGCAACAAAGGGAAAAGUAUACAUCUGGAGAUUUGAAUAAAUUUCAUCAUGCAAACACUCAAAAUUUAAGUUCUAAUAUCACUUCAACAAAUAUUCUAAGAAAAGAAAGGUUUGGACUACUUGGAAAAGAAUCUAGAUUGUAUUCAUCUAAUUUCAAUCCUAAAAAAAAACUUGAUGAUAUAAGUAAUGUUCCUAUUGAGGGAAAAAAAAUUGAAGUAUUGGAGGACAAUAAUAAAGAAUCAAAUUGUUUAUCGACAAAACAGAAAGUAAAAAAUGCAAUUAAAGAAUAUGGUUCAGUAUUUUUAAUCACUCACAUAGGAAUUUCACUAAUUUCUUUGGGAUGUUGUUACAUGGCUAUAUCAAGCGGGUUAGCAGAAUCUGAUUUUUUUAAGGAUUGGGGAAUGGAUGAUGGGGCUGCGAUAGCAAGUCAGACGAGUGCAAUGGUUUUAGCAUAUAUACUUCAUAAAUCGACUGCUCCAGUAAGAGUUGGACUCAGUUUAAUGAUAGUACCUUUACUUGUAAAAAAAUUUAGAAAAAUUGGCUUUUUAAAAGUUACUAAAUAUUAG